AAUGACUAUCUUGUCAUAUGAAAUCCUCCUAACUUUGAUUGUCUUUAUCCUUUAUUACCUAUAUUAUAGGAAAUUUAAAUUCUUUGAAAUCGUUGAGAAAUUAGAACAACAUAAUAUAAGAAAUAAAUUGCCUAGAGGGAAAUGUCCACCCUCUUAUCCAAAUGGUUGGUAUCGUUUAUGUAGAUCUGGAGAAUUGAAAUCAGGGUAUAUAUUUAUAAUAAAUAAAUAGUGAAGUGAAAGAAAUAAAAUUAUGUGGUAGACACAUAGCAUAUUAUAGAGGAACUGAUAAAACUGUUUAUGCAGUAGCUGCUUAUUGUCCACAUAUGGGUGCUAAUUUAGGAAUUGGAGGUUAAGUAAAAUUCAGAUCCUGUAUUGAGUAAUUAUUUUAGAUCAUAAUUAGAUGUCCAUUUCAUGGAUGGGCUUUUGAUGGUAAAAGUGGUCUAUGUGUUAAUUCUGAUAAAUUAGAUCCUAAAAUAGUUUCAACUUAUUGUUAUCCUGAUAUUGAGAGAGUGACCAAAAAUUAGAAAGGAGAGUAUCUAUAGAAAAUAUCUGAUGGAGAAGUUAAAAUUAAAACUUAUCUUGUUAAAGAACUUAAAGGAAUUGUAUAUAUUUGGCUACAUUCAAAUGAAUCAAAACCGUAUAUAUUUAUUAUUAAUAUAUAUAGAUGGUACGAUUUAGUGACUGAAUAAAGUGAACAUCUUACAUUGAGAGCUGAAAGUGUAAAUUAUGUAAAUUGUCACAUUUAAGAAAUACCAGAAAAUGGUGCUGAUAUGAAACAUUUUGAUUAUAUACAUUAUUCAGCUAUGGAUAUCAUUCCAGCAUGGUUAUUAUAAUUAAGAUGGGAAAUGAGAACUAAAAAUGCUAAAGAUACAGAUUUCUUAGAAAAAAUGACUCAUCCAGUUGAAAAAUGUAGAACUUAUUAAAAAACAUUAUUUGAUCAAUAUCUUGUUAACAAAGAACUUAUACCAUAUUUGAAUGUUCUUUUAUUAGAUGGAUAUGUAAUAUUGUUUAAUAAGUAUAAAUUUCAUGCAGUUUGGGCAACUGGAUUUUAAAUGGGUCCAGCAACAGUUGCUUUAUAUGUAAAGAGUGCCAUCUUUGAGGUAUUAUUUAAGUAGGCAAUUUAACCUGUUGAAAAAUUCACAUAAAAAGUCUAUCAUACUGUAUUUACUAAUAAUUAUUUACCUUAUUGGUUAUCAGCCUACCUUCUUCAUGCUGAAUUAAGAUAAGUAAUCUUUGAUGUUAAAUUAUGGAAUGCUAAGAUAUUUUCAGAAACUUUAAGAUAUAAUAUGAAAACAUAUGCUGAUCAAGCAUUAUUAAAUUGGAGAUAAUGGUAUUCCCAAUUUUAUGAAGGUUCUGCUGAAUUUGAAAAGAGUUUAGAUUAAUUGGAAUGGUGA